AUGAUUUACAAAAACAUUUACCUUGUGCCUUUUAUUGGAGUCUUUUUCUUCAGCUCGUCUCUUGCUGAUCGCACAGCCUUUGCCGCACCCGCCGUUCAAGCUCUCGAGAUCAUCAAAUCGCUGACCGAACCAAAUAAAGUGUUGGUGACGAACAAGUUGUCGGCGGCGUCGAUUUACCUAAAAUGUGCAUCGGCCGAUGACACGAUUACGGGUGAUGGAUCCGAUGAGAAUGGAUGGUGGACAUUGGAAAAGGAAAACGCGAUAGGCUGGGAAUUCGGGUCACAUGCGGGCGGCCGAACAUGUUUCUGGUGUUAUGCAAACAAUAACGAUCAAGCGGCUCGUGACUCGGGCAACUGGUACAUUCACGUGGACGUUUGGGGAUUCAACGAUUGCGGUGGUCCCGAAUGGCAACCCGACAUUACCUAUUGGGAAUUUCGCGAUGAUGGAGCUUAUGCCGAUGACGGAGAUGAUGGAAUGCAGAAAGUCGCCGAUUGGGGACCGCCACCAAGC